CUAAAAUACGUACUCAAAUUAGAAUUAGUGAUCAAACUUCAGGUUAACAUGGAGGCAAAUCGCGGUAAGCGCAGAGGGUUCGUUAAGGGAAAGUUGAUGCCAUUCUAUAGAGCAGCCAAGCCUUCCUCAACUGUUCAAUAUACUACCAAGGUUAAGCCAAGCCAGUCUUCUCCAUCAACUGCUUCAGUAGAGUUUCUGGUCCACCAGGACUACUAUGUGUUUGCUCAGCCAAAACAGAAGGUAGCAUUUAUAGUACAGGAUAACAGCCGUGACUUAAUAAGUCCAUAUGAUAACCUCUAUGGUAUGCCUGGUGAUGAAAGCGUCGAUAUGAAGUCUGCAAGUUACAUAUCUUCUGUUCAAGAACGUUUCCAGCUUGAACGAAUCAACUCGGAAUGAAAGAUGUGUCAAGAAAUGCAGUAGUGGUCAUGAUUUCCUUUAUCCUGCUAGCAUGUAUUAGAGUGAUAGCUUAGUCUUGUAAUAAGGCCUCUAUUACCCGGAGAGAGAGUAUUAAUUGUGUAGAGAAUUAAGGUGUAUUGUAUUUGUUUCAUGUAUCUCCAUGCUUAGUAGUCUGUGUUGGUUAGUACUACAUCUAGUUCAAGAAAAGAAAUUCUUACGGAUCCA